UAAAAAAUAAAAUAAAUAAAUAUAGUUUGCAGAUUAGAUAAUUAGAUGGAGGAGAAGAAAAUGUGUCGCUCCACUAUUUUUCUAACCACAAUAUCCGCUCCUUGAAUCGAAACAUUGGUGAUAAGAUACGACUCCAAUGGCUGCUUCUCUUUCUCCUGCCACAGCAAUUUCACGCCCAAGCAUUACAAUCCUCAGUUCGAUAUCUUCCCUCAACGUCUCAAGCAGCUUAAGCAAUCGGUCACAACCGCGAAGGCUCGUGAAGUGCGAAUCAAGUGCGUCGGCAGCAGACCAGACGCCGCCGGAAAAUAGUCGAAAACUCGAGAUCGGCUCCCCCGUUAUCGUAAUCGAGGCUCCCAAAAUGAUAAAGACCGCAGCUUCAGUUCCAUGCCUCAGGGUCAAUUCCGGCAUAAUCAACCCCGGCGACGUUGGCAGAAUCGUGUCGAGAAAACCUAAGGACGUGUGGGCCGUGCGGCUUAAAGUCGGGACUUACCUCAUAGAUGGAAAGUAUUUUAGACCAUUAAAGCUUGAUCAAUAGCUUGAUCCAGCCGCAGGCUUCAAUUUGAAGGUUCCGAGCUUCCAAAUUCACCUUUCAUGGCUACAUGUGAAUUGCAAUGGCGAAUCCGUUGGAAUGCGGAGUGUGUUUGAAUCCGUUUAGAAAAUCAUUCCGUUCAAUGGAUGGAGCUUGUUGUACAGAUCACCGCCCAUAUUUCUAUCUUGAUGGAGCAGAAAUGCAACUUAGCCAUGGAUUUAGGAGCCUCCUGGGCAUAAUUUAUUCGUUGCGAAUAAAGUUUAGAUUUUGUACAAUAUUUUAUUGCAAAUUUGCUAUGCAUAUUCUUGGAAUUCACGAUGAGACUCAACCGUUGAACCCUUUGGAUAGUUUUUAGUUUUUUCAAGGCCCGUUUUUGUUGGUGAAAAUUAUGUAAAAGAAAAAAAAAAAGAUGAUUUUUGAGAAUCUUUCUUGGUUAA